AUGACUGGAUUUGCUUCAGCACUUGCAUAUUCUUCCGACUCGGCAGGAAUGCACCCGUCUCAUACGCUACCUCUGAAACUAGAUGCCAUUGCUGUGGCAGGAUUCCCCCAGGUGGAGAUAGGCUUCCCGGAUCUGGAGGCGUACGCGGAGCAGAUUUUUCCCGGGUACAUAAAGCUGGAUGAGGCCGGGGAGGGUGAUCUCACUAAGCUCGUGGACGUCGCCGGAAAAGUCAAGGGGUUUUGCCAGGAAUUAGGGUUGAAGGUUUUGGUUGUUCAUCCCUUUUCAGGAUUUGAGGGAUACACGGAUGAAAGGAAAAGAGAGCAAGGGCUACAAAGGGCUCGCGCUUGGUUCAAAGUCUUGAAUGCCUUGGACUGUCAAAUGUUGCAAGUCGGAUCAUCAGACGACCCAUCUUCAAGUUCAGACUACGACGUGAUCGCUCGCGACCUACGCUGUCUCGCAGACGAAGCUGCCGCACAGGACCCUCCCAUCCAAAUCGCAUAUGAGAUGUGGGCCUGGGGUUGCCAUGUGAACACUUGGGAGCACACAUGGGAGAUCUGCAAGCGCGUUGACCGCCCCAACUUUGGCUUGUGUCUCGACACGUUCCAGAUCUGCGGUAAACCACGCACCUAUGCCGACCCUACCUCGCAUAACGGCCUACUGCAGCACAUUCCCGGCGAGUCCGCGCUCACCACCCUCUCCGCAUCUCUCUCUGCGCUGUCGCGCACGAUCCCACCCUCAAAGAUCUUCUACUUCCAGAUCUCGGAUGGCGCGCGGCGGCACAGCGUCGACGAACUGCGCGCGAGCGCGGCGAAGCAGGGCAUUUCGCCACUGUACGCGUGGUCAAACGCGUGGCGGCCGCUACCGUUCCAGGACGAAAUUGAGGGCCGCGAGGGGAACGAGGCGGGUGCAUAUUGCGGGUACCUGCCCGUCGUGGACGUAUGUGACGCCGUGCUAAAGACGGGGUGGAGAGGCCCGUGGUCAUUUGAGGUGUUCUAUGAGGCAGAUAUGUCGAGGGACGACCCGGAGGUGCCCAGGAGGUGGACACGCUCGGCUAAGGCGAGCUUCGACAUGAUUGUGGAGAAGCUCCAGGAGAAAGGUUAUUGA